AUGUCUAGAGAACCAGGUCCGCUUCGAUUCCUAGUCAUUGGCGCCGGCCAGAGGGGAUAUGCCUACGGAAAAGCAGUGACCGAUGCCACAGACGGGGUCAUCCACGCCGUUGCAGAGCCCAACGAUGAUUCUCGACAGCGAUUUGGACGAAAGUACGUCUGGGGUGAUAAGCCAGCGGCUGCAGGACAAGAGUUCAAGGACUGGAAGGACUGGCUUGAAUGGGAGAAAGAAAGACGUAAACUGACAUAUUCAUCUCCGUCAUUAUGUACCGGAGUCGAUGGCGUCUUUAUCUGCACUCUGGACGAAUCGCAUCUGGAAAUCGUUCAAGCCAUCGCGCCCUUGAAUCUACAUAUAAUGUGUGAAAAGCCACUCGCUCUAUCCCUGACUGAUACGCUCCUUGCAUCCAAGGCGAUAACAGAUGCAUCUCCGACGUCGCCGUUGCCGUCUAAGAUAUUCUCAAUCGGCCAUGUGCUUCGAUAUAGCCCGCAUAACCAGCUCCUUCGCAAGCUCCUUCUUACGGACAGGUUGAUAGGGGAUGUUAUAUCUCUUGAGCAUACGGAGCCCGUUGGAUGGUCUCAUUUCUCUCAUAGCUUUGUUCGUGGGAACUGGCGACGAGAAACGGCCGCUGCAGAUGGAAGCUUGUUGACUAAAUGCUGCCAUGAUAUCGACUUCAUACUAUGGCUGCUCUGCUCGCCUCCUCCGGGCGCACCGCUAGAUCACCCGGAGCAUCUACCGCGGACAAUAACGUCUUCGGGGAUGCUUGCGCAGUUUAAUAAAGCUAACAAGCCCGCUGCUGCUGGGAGUAGUACGAACUGUGUCUCCUGCCCCAUCGAACGAGACUGCAUAUACAGCUCUGUCAAGAUAUAUAAUGACAAGUGCCUGGCGAAGGGUAAGACGGGCUUCCCAAUCCGUAACGUCAUUCCGGAGAUCGAAGACAUUUUAUCCACGGAUGGUAUGGAAACGGCCAAGGACCGUCUUCUCGGUAUGUUGGCCGAAGACUACGAUACGAAGACCAUGCGCGAUGAGGAAAUUGCUGCACGGCCCUGGUACGGCCGCUGUGUAUAUGAAUGCGACAACAGCGUAUGCGAUGAUCAAUUCGUCACCAUGUCCUGGGGAAAUGACCCCUUACCACAGAAUGAUACUGGCUCAGGCUCGACGACGACGACGUCGUCACCGCUCGGCGGUAGAGGUGCGAAGCUUGCCACGCUCCAUAUGGUGGCGCCAACUGAGUCUCAGUGUGUUCGCCGGGGACGUAUCUCGGGGACGUUGGGCGAGAUGACAUAUGAUGGCGAAACGAUCAAUAUAUACACGUUCGAGACUGGAGAGAAGAAAAAGUACUCCAUACCCCCACCGCCUCCUGAGGAAGCAGAGUCUCAUGGCGGUGGAGAUUACGGAUUAACAAGAACCUUUGUCCGGGCAGUUGAUGCAGUGGAAAAUAAGGGGUGGGAUGUUAAGAAAGGCCAGGUGGAGAUUCUAGGAUGUACUCUGGAAGAGGCAAUUCGAAGCCACGCCGUUGUAUUUGCAGCCGAAGAAGCACGGCGAAAUGAGGUUGUUGUUCGAUGGGAUGACUGGUGGGCGAAGAAAACUGCGCAACUACCGAACUAA